GCACUGGAGAAAUUUCCAGCCACAGACCAGAGUCAUGAAUCCUAUGCCAGUGCUGACCCUCCUGGGGGUCAGCACCUUGCUACCCUGUGUCCCAGCUCUGAUCUGCCAGAGAGGCAGAAUACAGACCGUGAGGAACGAGUCAGAGCUGCCCCUCGAGUGGGGGACGGGUGAGAAAGCUUGCGAGGUCGGCGAGGGUUGCCAAGAUGUGGUGAUGCUCCUACACAAUGGACCCCUGAUCAACUUGGUGAUCAUCAAGGGCUGCAUAAAGGCUGAGGACCAAGAGCCUCGGGUUACCUGGCUCAGUACAGGCCCUGGGCUCUCUGUCGUCUCCUACACACAUGUGUGUCGCCAUGGUGACCUCUGUAACAAUGCAUCCAGCACCAGGAUCCUUGAGGACCUAUCCACACCCACAGUCCCAGGGUCCCUGCGCUGCCCGCUCUGCCUUUCUAACAAUGACUGUGAGAAUGCACCAGAACAGGUCUGCCCUGUAGGAAGCAUAUACUGCUACAAUGGAGUCCUCAGGCUCAGGGGAGAAGGCAUCAGGACCAAUCUCAAGGUCCAGGGCUGCAUGGCCCAGCCAGGCUGCAACCUGCUCAAUGGCACCACAGCAGUUGGGACCUUGGAUAUGAGUGAAAACUGUGGUCUUCAGUUAGGUCCGCAGGCUCUGGACUGCAACAGUGCGAGUUUGGACAUUGUGAAGGACGUAUCUGAUCUGCACCUGAGCUGGACGACUGGCUGGAAAACCUGCGAGGCUGACGAGGGGUGUUACGAAACAGUCAUGCUAAUACAGAAUGGACAAGAAAUUCAUAUGGCUCUCACUAAGGGAUGUACUAGCAGUGUAAACAGAGAGGCUCAACUCACCAGGCAUAGAACAGGUCCGGGAAUCUCCAUCGUCUCCUACGUCCAUGUAUGUCGCAACGGGGACUUCUGUAAUGACCUGUCUUCAACGGAAACUCUCUGGAUCCCGCCCCCUGACACAGCCCCCUCACUGCUUCUACUGCUUCCAGUCCCAGGGACUCUGCGCUGCCCACACUGCCUUUCAACGCGUGACUGUGAGAAUGCACCGGAGCAGGUCUGUCCUGAAGGCACACACUGCUACAAUGGAGUCCUCAGGCUCCGGGGAGGGGCCAUUGCCACAAAUUUGAGAGUGCAGGGCUGCACUUCACAGCCAGGCUGUGGACUGCUCAAUGGCACCAAGACAAUUGGACCUAUAGGUGUGCGUGAGGACUGCGGUCCCCAGUCAGGCGCUCAGGCACUAGAAUGCCGGAGUGGGUGGGCAGAAGGCCUAAGGAAAGUGUCCUCACUGCCCCUGGACUGGACAACCGCCUGGGAGACUUGUAAAAUCGGCGAAGGGUGCCAGGAAACUGCCUUGCUCAUACAGAAUGGACCUCUUGUGAACCUGGUGCUCAUCAAAGGCUGCACAGCAGAAGAAGACCACAAGCCCCAAAUCACUCGGCAUAGGCUGAGUCCCAGCCUAUCCAUCGUGUCUUAUAGCCAUGUGUGCCGCCACUGGGACUUCUGCAAUGACCUGUCCUCCACCCACCCUCUCUGGCUCCCACCACCACCUGUCGAAGGCCUGGGGAAUGUGAGCUGCCCAUUCUGCCUUUCUAAAGAUGGCUGUCCUCAGAACGGACCCAAGCAGGUCUGCCCUGUAGACAGUUCACACUGCUACAGUGGAGUCCUCAGCCUCAGGGGAGGAGGGUUCAUCUCUGAUCUGAAGGUACAGGGAUGCACGUCCCAGUCCCAGUCCCAGUCAGACUGCAACCUGCUCAACGGCAUCCAGACAAUCGGACCCAUAAAACUACAUGAGAGCUGUGGUUUUCAUUUAGCUGCAGAGUCUCUGAAAUGCCAGCAUGGGACACUGGAGGCAGUGCAGCAUAUAUCGAAACUUCCUCUCCAGUGGACAGCUGAGCAGAAAACCUGUAAUGUAGGUGAAGGCUGCCAAGACACGCUGGUGAUAAUAGAGAACGGAGAGCACGUGAAUUUGGUUCUCACAAAGGGCUGCACUGCCGCUGAGGACCACAAGGCCAAAGUCACGGAACACAGGACUGGCCCGGGGCUGGCUGUCAUCUCCUACACCCGAGUAUGCCGUGAAAAAGACUUAUGCAAUGACCUGUCUACCACAGUCCCUCUCUGGGCUCCACCUCCGGUGACAGCCCCAGGGAACACACGUUGUCCUCUCUGUUUUACUGCACAAGCCUGCGAGAAUGCUCCAGAGCAGUUCUGCCCUGCAGGCAGCACGCACUGCUACAGUGGAGUCCUCAGCCUCAGGGGAGGAGAGAUCAUCUCCAAACUCAAGGUGCAGGGCUGUAUGUCCCAGCCAGGCUGCAACCUGCUCAAUGGCACACAGAAAAUCGGACCUGUGGAUGUGAGUGAGGACUGCAGCCCUCGGUCAAAUUCUCUGACCUGUCACAGGGGGACCAUGUUGAAGAUUGGCAAUGGCUUUGCUGAGAAAGCUGUCGAGUGGACUCCACUGUCGUCUCAGGUGUGUGAACCUGAUGAGAUAUGUCAGGAGACGCUGCUGCUCAUAGAUGUAGGACAAAAAUCAGCCCUCCUGGGGAGCAAAGGCUGCAGCAGUCUUGGAGCACAGAACGAUGUUGGUGUCUCCAUAUUCUCCCGGCCACCUGGGAUGGUGGUAGCUUCCUAUACCCGGUUCUGUUCCUCCAACCUGUGCAAUGCAGCCAGCAGCACCAGCGUCCUUCUAAGCAACCUCCCUCGUCCAGAGGUCCUUCCCCCAGGAAGUGUGAAGUGUCCCGUGUGUGUACAGUUAUUCAGAUCCUGCUUUCAGACGUCUGACUUUGUCACCUGUCCUCGGGGCGCCACUCACUGUUAUAGAGGUGACAUCGCGCUAAGAGGAGGUGGACUGUCUUCCACAUUGAGCAUUCAGGGGUGCAUGGCCUCACCUGUCAAAUCAUUAUUGGGUAACUCCAAAACAAUUGGGAUCCUCUCGGCAAAGGAGAGCUCUGAGAAUGAGCGUGGGGAUGAAGAUGAUGAGAAGCCUCUUCUUGAUGGUGCCUCAGCCUCCUCCCCGGCCUCCAUGUUAGGGCUCCUGGUUCUUCUCAGCUCUUUGUGUGCUGGAAUUUGUCCUCUCCACUGAACCCAUUAUUGGCCAUUCUUACUCCCUCUUGGCCAGCCAUACCCAGACCUCCUCUGACUUCAUAACCCAAAGACUUGAGACUGGGCACUGGCACUGUCUGUCGGCCUGCACUGUCGGGUGCCCUCAUCCCUCACCCACACACCCCUGCCUCCUCAUGUUUAGAUAUGGGAGCCGCUGAACUCACCCUGCUCCAGAGCAGACAACCACACAUCAACCACACAUGUGGAAAAAAAUAAAGUUGCUGUUGUUUCUCAAA